AUGAGCCACAGGACCUCCUCCACCUUCAGAGCGGAGAGAAGCUUCCAUUCUUCCUCCUCCUCCUCGGCCUCCCACACCCUUCCCGCCCAGGAGCCGCCCAUGGAGAAGGCACUGAGCAUGUUCUCCGAGGAUUUCGGCAGCUUCAUGCGGCCCCACUCGGAGCCCCUGGCCUUCCCAGCCCGUCCCGGGGGGCAGGGCAACAUCAGGACCCUGGGAGAUGCCUAUGAGUUUGCUGUGGACGUGAGCGACUUCUCACCUGAAGACAUCAUCGUCACCACCUCCAACAACAACAUCGAGGUGCGAGCUGAGAAGCUGGCAGCUGACGGCACGGUCAUGAACACCUUUGCUCACAAGUGCCAACUGCCGGAGGACGUGGACCCCACGUCGGUGACCUCGGCCCUGAGGGAGGACGGCAGCCUCACCAUCCGGGCUCGGCGCCAACCACACACGGAGCACGUCCAGCAGAUCUUCCGGACCGAGAUAAAAAUCUGA